CCAACACCGUUCAAGAAUCAUCUUAUUAGAGACCCAUGCUAUAUAAACCCAACGUGCUGGCAUGCCGAGCAGUUACAUACCAACUUUAUUCAAAGCUGUGCGACGGAGAGUGUAACAACAACAACAAUAACGACGACAAUCGCAUACAUUGCGCAUUGGUUCUCCCCUAGAAGGAUUGUUGUUUCACCGCUAACGGGUACGCGAGUUAGCGAGGUUCCAGCACGUCGACCUGCAUCACUUAGUGUGGCCGCAAGAUGUAUUAUCUGCAGCUGGCCGUGCUCUGCGUGACGGUGGCCAAUGUUAUUGGUGAUCUUCCACCGGGCACGCGGCGCAACACAUAUCUGCCGCCAGAGCCGACGAAAGGCGGCUAUACGUACAGCAAGCCUCCGGUGCAAUUUCCGAAACCCACAUCGAGCUUUCCCGGGCCGAGACCAACACCUGGUGUUCCCAGACCGACGCCGACCUAUGGUGUGCCCAGGCCGACGCCGACCUACGGUGUGCCCAGACCAACACCGACAUACGGCGUACCCAGGCCGACGCCGACCUACGGUGUGCCCAGACCGACUCCCACAUCUGGUUUUCCCACCUAUACCGGCCAAGGGACCGGCAUUAACGGGAAUACUAUCGAGCCUGCUCACGACCAUCAUCAUCAUGAACCCGGCAUGCCCUUCGACUUUAAUUAUGCCGUGAAAGAAGACGCUUUCGGCAACGAUUAUUCCCAUAACGCUAUUAGCGACGGCGAUAUCGUUCGUGGCGAAUAUAGAGUGCAACUUCCAGACGGCAGAACGCAAGUCGUGCGAUACACCGCUGAUUGGCAACACGGCUUCAGCGCACAGGUGUCUUACGACGGAAAUCCCCGCUAUGAUAUACCUCGACCGGGCGGAGAUUUUCGAGGCUAUUAGCUUUAGCGUUGUGUCUAGGGUUGUUCAAUUUCCGUCAAAUUAAAAAAAAAAAAGAAAAGAAAAAAGAUUACAGCACAACGAAUCAUUAUAUUGUAUGUAACAUUCUAAAAAAAAACCAUUAGGUAACAAAAAAAGGAUGUAUGGUGAAAGAAAAAUGCUUACAUAGCUUACAUAGAGGACAAAUGCUUGUUAUAUAUUUCUUAUGAGGAUAUCGAUAACAGCAUGCAGAAUGUUUCAAAAUUGGCGAAAAGUCCACACAUAGUGUUAUUUCUUGCAAAAUUUUGAAUCAAAAUUUUUUCUUGCAAAAAUGUCAAAGUAAACUAUUAUCUUUCACAAUUCUCAAAUUUUAUCAUUUGAUAUCUAAAUAUUUAAUCCUAAUUAAAAUUCUGUUAAAGUUUAUUUUCACUCAAAUAAUAAUCAAAACAUUACAUUUUUGAAUCUUAGUCACAUUCAAAAAACUAUUAUUAUGUUAUUAUAUAUUCUUGUGUGUAAAUUUAUACCUUAUAUAACUUUGCAAGAAAUAGCAAUAUUCUUUUUACCAAUUUUAGGACAAACUGUACAUCAGCAUGAACAUCAACCUUCCUUUUCAUUUCUUUACAGACUUUAAAUAGAUAAUUAAAAAGUAUAAUUAUCUGCGCUAUUUAAUCUGUGCUACACAAUCAUUUUAUUAUAUUUUUAUUUUGAUUAUAGAUACUUGCAGAUUAGUUCACGAAUGAGAGAUUGGAUCAUACUGAUCUAUAUUAACUUUUUAUAUGGUUGUACAAUAAAAUCAUAUUUGUUUAGCACUGCUUUAUGAUAAAAAUUUACAGAUUGGAAGAAAUAGAGAAUAUAGAGAAAAUAAGAAAUAGAUAUAUAACAUUCUUCGUUUAUGCUUUUUUAUCUUACUCUGCACUCUGAAAGUCGUUUUGUUUUCAAUAUUUGAAAUCUUGAAAUGAAGAUUCUCUAAGGAAUAGUUAGUAUAGACAAUUACUACAAAUUAAUAUUAAAUAUACAAAAUUAAUUCGCGAUUGAAUUAUGUAAUGAGUCGAUCACACACUCAAGAAAAAUUGAAUAUUAUAAUAAAAUUUAAAAAUAACACUAAUGUCCUCUUUCUUUGAAAUAGCCAAAUUUAUGUAACUAUAGAAAUAUUUUAUUUUUUUUCUAUAGAAAUAUUUUUAUAAUCAACUCUAGUUUUGAUAUUUGUUCUGAUACAUAAUAAGAAACAAAUGAAUAAGAGAAAUACUCAAUUCCUAUCAAAUAUUUUUAAAAUAAACUUUAUAUCAUUCAUCAAAU